GUAUGUUAAUAUUUAUGCUAUGUGGGUAGUGAGUAUUUUGUUAGUUAUAAGAUUGUCACCACCACCAAACUAGUCUGCCAAUACACGCUGUGCUAUCGAGACGUACGUUGUUUUAUUCCGCUCCUAGCUGACGAUUGACCUGCAUCGAUAUAUGCUUCAGUGGCGACGAGUUGUGAACUUUUCGCGUGUGAAGGAAAAAGUGUUAAACAAUGACGAUCGGAAAAAUAGGCGAGUUUAACGUACACAACGACGAUUGGAAACUAUAUAUCGAACGGUUAGAGCAGUACUUCCUUGUGAAUGACAUAAAAGCCGAGUUACAUGUGCCGACAUUAAUAACUGUUAUGGGAGCAGAGAGCUAUGAGUUGCUCGUCAAUCUGUGUACACCGAAUAAACCGAAGACGAAGACGUUUGAGCAGUUAUCAGAUAUAAUGGGCAAACAUUUACAACCUAAACCGAGUGAACUCGCUGAGAGGUAUAAAUUCAGGCAUAGAAAACAGAAGGAGGGUGAAACCAUAUCCGAGUAUGUGGCGGUACUUAAGAAAAUGUCGAAGACCUGCGAGUUCGGAAGUUGGCUGGAGGAAAGUUUGAGAGAUCAACUGGUGUGCGGAAUAGCAAGCGAGAAUAUUAGACAACGGUUAUUCGCAGAGUCGAAAUUGGAUUUUGCCAAGGCGUAUAAACUUGCCUCCAGCAUGGAAUCAGCCGAGAAGGACGCCGCUAUGGUGGAAGGGUCUAAAUCGGCAGCUGGAACUGACGCCACGUCGACGGUGACGUGUCAAGCGAUAACGACGAGACGGCAGGCAACGGGCAUGGCGGAGCGCGACGGGGAGCCGGGCGCGGGGAGGCGCGAGGUGCGCGGGCGGCGAGGCUCCCGCGAGCGGCGCGCGGGCCACGAGGCGGCGACGUCGGUGCUGAGCGAGCGGGCUCGGCUGGGGGAGCGAGCUCGGCCACAGCGGCCGUGUCGAGUAUGUGGCGCGAACCACAAUGAAUCAACGUGCAAGUUCACAAGUUACGUGUGUCGAGUGUGCAACCGGCAAGGGCACCUGCGGCGGGUGUGUCCUAAUAUAGUGAAACAAUAUCAGGUAGACGUGGAAAACACUAGCAGGGACGAGGAGGAGGACAGUGACGAGUUCCAAAUAUUGUAACGUGUUCGCGGAGGGACUCGGGCGGUUCACGGGCGGCGCGGUGAGCAUUCACGUGCGGCCGGGCGCGCGGCCGGUGUUCAUGCGCGCGCGCCCGCUGGCGUACGCGCUGCGCGAGCCGGUGGAGCGCGCGCU